AUGUCUUCGUCUCGCGUUUGGUUGAUCACCGGCACAUCGUCUGGCUUUGGCCUCGAGAUGGCCCGCUACGCCCUCUCGAAGGGCGAGCGCGUCGUUGCCACCCUCCGAAGGCCCGAGGUUCUCAAGGAAUUCGCGUCGCAGUAUUCUUCCACCCAGUUGCUCGUCCUCAAGCUCGACGUCACCAAGCCAGAGGAAAUCAAGGAUGCGUUCGCCAAAGCGAAGGAGACUUUCGGCCGCGUCGACGUCGUAUUCAACAAUGCAGGCCAUACGGUAAACGGGGAAGCGGAGGCGAUUCCUGACGAGCCUGCGCGGAACCUGUUGGAGGUGGACUUCUGGGGCGCCGUGCAUGUCUCGCAGGAAGCGAUAAGAUUCUUCCGCGAGGAGAAUAGCCCGCAGGGUGGCCGCCUUAUCCAGAACAGCGCUCUGAUUGGGCUGGUAACCUUCCCAACGGCGGCAUUCUACGCCGCUGCGAAGCACGCUCUGGAAGCGUUCACCGAAACGCUGGGCAAGGAGGUGAACCCUACGUGGAAUAUCAAGAUCUCCUCCGUACUGGCUGGAAGCUUCGCUACCGACAUCGGGAAAUCGCUCCAGAUGAUGCCUCAGCACCCUGCGUACGCCGACGAGUCGAAUGCGACGACCAUGGCACGCAAGAUGCUGAACCAGAUGUUGAGCAUGGGCACAGACAAGGAAGCGGCCAAGAUGCUGGGCUUGGGCGAUCCUGCGAAGGGGGUUGAGAAGAUCUACGAGUUGAGCAGGCUGCCGAACCCGCCACUCCGCCUGCUGCUCGGGAAGGACGCGAACCACAUGUUCAGGGAGUGGCUUGCGCAGGUGACCAAGGAGAUAGACGAGUAUGCGUCGUGGUCGGAUGAUGUCGCAUUCAAGGAGGAAUGAAAGGAGCCAGACGUAGCCGUUCCCUUCCAAAUAACCAGUAGCGACAGUUCUGGGACCUGCCUCUGUAUAUGAAAGCUAACAUGGCAAUUUGUUAUCUCG